AUGGCGUCUCAACUCCUUCCUCUAGAAUUGAUUGACAAGUGUGUUGGAUCUCGGAUAUGGAUCAUCAUGAAGAACGACAAAGAAUUCUCCGGCACGUUGCUCGGAUUCGAUGACUACGUCAAUAUGGUGCUCGAAGAUGUGACUGAGUUUGAUUACACCGGUGCUCAGGUCAAGCUGCCGAAGAUCCUCCUCAACGGAAACAAUAUCUGCAUGUUAAUCCCUGGCGGUGAAGGGCCUGUUGGUAGCUCUUAA